GGUAAGAGCAGACACUCGAAGAGGAAGACUCUCAAUACAGAUCUGAAACACCUAUAGCUCCAGCAGGGUGGAGACUGCUCGAUACACACCGAAUCCGAGCCGCUGUGUUCGAUAACCCAGAAAGGGGGCUUGUUAUUUGAGAUAGGCAGCUGUUGAGCAACUAGAAGGGAACCGCAAAAUGGAAGACGUAGUGAAGCUGAAGAACAUAAUUUAUAGGGAAGAAAAUCAGGUCAGCGAGAGUGCUGUUGAAGUGGCCAGUCUGACAACUGAUGAUGAUUGCAAGACAUUGUCCGGUGUUAAUGACGAAUCAGACCUCGAGGUUACAAUCAGAACAGCGUGUCGAGGAAAACACUUCAGAAGAACUAUGUCUUCCCUGUCAGAUGAAAAGGUAGCUGCGACAUAUGAAAUUGGGUUUGGGUCACUGCACCGAUUUCGUUGUGGCAAAGUGAACCUCCCACUGUGCCAAAUGCUGGUUGAAAAUUUUGAUGUUAGGAACUCAUGCAUCAAGAUACACGGAAGGAACCUGACAAUCACACAUGAAGACUUUCGGCGCAUUAUGGGCGUCAUGGAUGGAGGGUGCGAUGUGAAUCUUGAAGGAAGCACCGAGGACCCUGAUAUACUGGGGCUGAAGAGCAAGCUUUCAAGGAAGGAGAAGGAGAUAACCAUACAUGGUCUGAGGAGGUUGUUGAUUGAAUUUGAAAGUACCGACGACACUUUUAAGGUCAGCUUUGCUUUGUAUGCCCUUGCAACUCUGUUAAUCCCAGUUACGGGAAUCGAAGUUGAUCCAAGAUACCUUAUACCACUUAAGGAUCCUAAUGCCCUGGGUUCAAAAAACUGGGCAAAGUUUGCAUUCGCCAAGCUUGUUGAAGGGGUGUCAUCAAUCCAGGCCACGCGGACUGGUUUGGCAGGAGGUUGUAUUCUGUUCCUUCAAUUGUUCUACCUGGAUGUUGUUGGCAAUGGUAUCUAUAUAUAUCCAAAGAUUGGGAAACCAGUGAUGAUGUGGAGCAGAGAUGACUUGAAGAGAGUUUAUGAAAAAGUGGAGAGCGAGGGCGGAUUUAAAAGCGAGAAUGUGCGUGUAACGAAGAAGUAUUUCAGGGGAAAUGUACUUUCAGGGACUGGAUCAGUUGAUCCCAGCACAGGGAUUAAGACAACUGUAGUAGACGAUUUAUCAGAAAUGAGGUCUGAUGUUGGUCUUGUGAAAGGGGAUAUAGAGAGUUUGAAGUUAACAGUUGGUCGAUUGAGGAGAGCAAUUCUGACACUAGAAUCCACGGUUGGGGAACUUAAGGCCAACGGUCUCGGCGGCAUUGUUGCUAAAGCAAUCAAGCAAGUGUUUGAAGACAAGUCCUACACUUACGGUGGUAAUUUUGGGAACGAUGGUCUUUUUAUCAAUGAAGAGCACCAAGGCACAGAAGCUGAGCAACAUGACGAUGAGAUGCCUCAUAACAAAUCUAUCAUUGUAAGUUGUCUCUUAUGUAGUAUAAAUUUACAGCCACAUUUUUGGAUUUAUUUGGAUGGUGUUAUUUGCUUUGUGUGA